AUGUGCCACACAUCCCGAGCCGUUAAUGUAACGCACCACGAAGGUGUUUCUUUCUGCGACUUCCUGCCUUCUCCUCUUUCCUCUUCGUCAGCAAUCCUCUCUACUUAUCUCGUCCGUGCAUAUAAGGCAGCGCUAUCCUUCUACUGGUCACCUCGCCACCUUUCGUCGCAGAAAUGUGACGCCGUUCGUCCUACCUGCGGUUUUUGCUCCGGACUCGGUGUCCAAUGCCAGUACAGGGAAUCAGCCAAUUUCUCAGCUACGCCAAAGGAAGGCCGAUGUCGUGCCUCGGCCGCCAAGGGAUCUCAGCCGACCAAUUCGACAUCAAAGGGCGCUUCGCCACUGGCCGAUGCCAAUAAUGUGUGCAGUCUGGAACGGCGCCUGAUGGAGCUCGAGUCCAAGUGGGCUGCCCUCGAAAAACAGACGAUGGGCGCCAUUACGGCUCCAGGUACGCCCGUUAUGAGAGCAAGUCCCCAUGGAGAGCACGUCGUGCGACCAGCUACGACAGUACGCAUGCAGCCGCCACUUCCCGGGUGCGGCAACGGUGGUAUAAUACCCCUGCCGGCCAUGCUCGGGGACCCAAUACUUUCUGGAUCGGCAACGGAUAUUGGCACCGCAGACUACGGCAAAGGAAACGGUGUCGCCAGGUCUAGGGGCUUCGAUGGCAGAAUGGCAGGCACGGCUACCCCAGGACAUCCUCACCAACAGCAGGGCUCCAUCACCAGCUCGAUUACUCUCCAGCAGCAACGCAUCAGCAAAACAACCACUCGUGGCCAAUUCACAGCGCGGCCAAGCCUUCUCACGUUCGAGUGUCCUCCAUAUGUUCCCUCCGAGAGCUACGACGACUCGGGCGAGUUUUAUGACUGUGAAAUGGCCGCCGGCGACGACUUCAAACGCCAAAUGACCCAAUGCCUUGCCAUCUUCCCAGACGUCUCGAAACGCACGGUGCGGCUUGUGCUCCAGAAGUUCGUCGAGAAUUUCCUGGGAUGGAUGCCACUCUUCGAGCCCACGGCCGUCUACACAGUCGUCAACGCGGCGUGUGCGAGCGGGUUUGCACCCGCCGACCCCAACAGCUGCCUGGCCAUGUUCAUCCUGGCGACUGGCACGCUUCUCCAGAACCACGCCGAAAUCCGGUCCAGCCCGCUGCCGGGGCUUGACUACUUUUCCCACGGCAGCCACAUGCUGGAGCGGUUCACAUUUAUGAGCACCAGCCUCACGACACUGCAUUGCCGCAUCCUGCAGUCGGCGUACUUUAAGCUGACGCUGCACCCACUACUGUCGUGGAACGUGAUUAUGCAAGGCACGCGGGACUGUAUGAAUGUGCUGAGCUCGCGAUGGUUCAAGAAUCUAGACCCGUCCGAGACGGAGCCCUGGCACCGUGCCUUUUGGGCGUGCUCCAUUAUGUCUGACGAAUUCGAAGCGUCGCUGCGCAUGUACACGAUCGGUCACCGUCUAUACCAUGAGAUCGUGCCACUACCACGGUUUGAGAACGAGGAUACAGGAUUCUAUUAUUUUCUUGCACAGAUCAGCCUUCGCAAGCUCGUGUGCGACACACUCGACGUUGUCGGCUAUUAUGACAGCCGUGUCAUCUAUGCCCCUGUGGUCACCAUCGAGCUGCGCAAGCAGGCUGCCGAGUGGCACCGCCACCUGCCUGUCGCCAUCCGCUUCCCACUCGAUAACUCGCCCUUGUUUGACGCCCGUAAGUCGUUUCUUCGCUUGCAAUAUUUUUCUCUUGCCACAGUGCUCGGGUGGGCCUCGGUGCUCAAGGUCAUGGAUGUCUACGGCACCGACCGCGAAAACACGGACGACAUUGCACUCGCCCGCCUCGAGGCCUCGGAGUGCUUUCGCUCUUGUGCGCUGUACCUCGAAGUGGCGGCGGAGCAGCUGCUGGGCUGGCAGCUUGGGACAAGCAUCUCUCUGUGGACAACCUUUGCUUUUGUGGCCAUGAUGAUUGUCACGCACAAGGCGCCUGCGCUAGCGUUUAUUCCGAUUACACGCGACGAUGGGCACAUCCGCAGUGCCAUGGAGCUGCUGCGGCCGUGGGGCCAUCUGCCGUAUGUUGCCAACUCGCUGUCGAGGAUGACAAUGUUGGCGGAACGCAGUGGGAUCACGACAUGA